ACAAUAUAUUAAUUUUGUUUUAGCUAAUCAAAACGCAAAUAAAGAAUUACUAAUCAUUAGAAGAACCUCAAGCGAAACAAAAGACAGACCCUGCUACAAAACAAAAACCCUUACUGUGAGUUCCACUACGAGUCGAGCAGGGGCUGACAACACGGUGAUCCGAGGGGCAGUUUGAAAAUCCGGUAACAUCUUUCUCAUCUUCACUCUCUGUCAUCACCUUCAUGUUUAUGUGCACUCUUAUCUUAUUCAUAACAACUCUAUUAUGCUCAGGAAUUUUAUUCAAAACCUAAUUGGGAAUUUGAGAUUGAGAAAGAAAGAUUUAGAGAAAGUUUAUGGCAAAGGAUACAAAGUUCAAAGCUACGGUCGAUAGGAUUAGUGAGUUACCAGAUGAGUUGCUGUGUCACUUACUCUCCUUUCUUCCCCCUAAUUUCGCCUACACUACCGCACUUCUUUCCAAGAGGUGGAAACCACUAUGCAAAUUCAUGGUGGAUCUUCAUUUUGAUGAUAAAUUAGUGAAAGGCAAAGAGGAUUUCCAAUGCUUCCGUCGCUGGGUUGACAAAGUCAUGCUAUUCCCAGACAUGAAUAACCAACCUAUUAGAGCCUUUCACCUUAACUGUUGUCAUCCUGAAUUAUUACUUUUCAACCAUGAUCAAUGGAUUGAAGCUGCAAAACGGCGUGGUGUGGAGGAUCUCCAACUUUUCAUGUUUGAUACCUAUACUGCUUUCCAAAUGUAUAUCUCGCACUCCAAUUCCUUGGUGGAUAGCUUUAUCACCGUAGCACCCAACAACAUUUUUAGCUGCCGAACCCUUGUGAUUCUCAAACUCGAGAGGUUAUGUGUGGCGGGCAAUAUUUCAUCGGUUGAUCUUCCCUCGCUUAAAACCCUUCAUUUAAAAAGUGUUUACUUACAAAAUUCAGACGAUCUCAAGAAAUUGAUAUCUAAAUCAUUGAUUCUUGAAGAUUUGUAUAUUAUAGUUGGCUACAAAGAAACUGCAAGUAUUCCACUCACACGAGUAGAUAAGGGUCCAUAUCAUGUUUUAUUUAAAGCAGUAUAUUAUAGCGUUCAGUUUCUACGGUUAGAGGUGAGGCUUCCCAAUGAAAACAUCAUUUCCUAUUUCAAAGGCUCUUCAGUUUUUCGAAACUUGAUCCAGCUUGAAUUAAUAUUUGCCUUCUUUUAUGGCUGGGAUGACUUAAUGGAUGUGCUCCACAAUUGUCCCAACCUUGAAAUUCUUUUAAUUGAUGAGAUUAUACCCAACUACGUUGAGAACUUAUAUCGCGAAUGUGAGUGGACAUUGAAAGUCACCAAUCCGUUCACAAUCUGGAAAUGUCCAAAUUCGGUUCCUAAAUGCAUUUCAUCUCGCCUCAGAUCUUGCACCUUAACCUAUGAAGGCAUGGCGGAUUCACUUCAAUUUGCAAAAUAUGUUUUACAGAAUGCUCAACUUUUACAAGUCAUGACAGUGAAUAAUAGAAUGUUUGCCGAAUCGGUUCACCACUGCGAAUAUUUAGAUGAACUAAACUCAUGUCCAAAGAUUUCACCCAUUUGUAAACUUUCAAUAGGAUAGUUCUAGUUUUCCAGAUAUGUGUGAUGUACAUGCAACCGGCAAUGCCUAAAAAUAGUGUUGAUAUUUAAGUUGCUUGGUCAUGAAGUUAUCUUUAGGUGGUUCUUUUC